AUGGAGCAUAAACACUGGUGGUGGAUGGUGGCUGGUUUCCUCGUGCUGUCGGUGGCAAUAGCAUCAGCGGAGGGCGAAGUAUGGGAAGAAAGUGACCACGAGAUCCUCAUUCGUAAUGAGAGGGGUGCCAAAAAUAGAGAGACUUGUCGUUAUGUGAGAGGCGCCUGGUCUGAAUGCGACUCCAAAACCAACAUACGCUCAAGAACUUUGACGUUGAAAAAGGGCGACUUGUCAAACUGCGAACGCACCAAGACAAUCCAGAAGAAAUGUAAAAAAGCCUGCCGCUAUGAAAAGUCAUCUUGGAGUGAAUGCAGCCCUAAUGGAGAGAUGUCUAGAACCGAUAUGCUGAAAGCAAACAGUGACCCGACUUGUGAUCAGAGCAGGCGCAUCACUAAAAAAUGUAACAAAAAUAAACAAGUAAAGUCCACCAAAGAUAAGGGUCGCAGAAAUCGCCAGUAA